AUGGCUAACCAAGACUCUGUCCCCCUCUAUGAGAAACACCGAUACAAGCACCCUCAUAAAAGGGUAACGGAUAGCUUGCUUUUAAUCCUUCUCUUGUUGCUGCUUGGCUACCGCGUUAUCUCCGUCAACAACUACUCUUACCCUUGGUUUGUUGCCUUCGUGUGUGAAUCAUGGUUCACCAUCUCUUGGUUUUUCACCCUCAGCACUCAAUGGAACCCGGCACAAAUCAAAACCUACCCAGAACGUCUCUUGCAAAGGAGCGUGCAGGAGCUUCCACCAGUGGAUUUGUUUGUGACAACAGCAGACCCUGUGCUUGAACCACCCAUCAUCACAGUGAACACUGUGCUAUCUCUGUUGGCACUUGAUUACCCAACUCACAAGCUUGCUUGUUAUGUUUCUGACGAUGGUUGCUCCCCUCAUACCUUCUUCGCUCUUCAAGAAGCCUCUAAAUUUGCAAAGUUUUGGGUACCAUUCUGUAAAAAGUACGAUGUGCAAGUUAGAGCUCCAUUCAGAUACUUCUCUGACAAAUCUGAGGUCUCAACGUCCAACAACACACCUCAAUUUAAACAAGAAAGGUUACAAAUGAAGGAUAUGUAUGACGAUCUUAGCAGAAAAAUAGAAUUGGAUGCAUCCCAAAAACCAAAUCCAACUCGUCAAGACUUUGCUGUUUUCUCAAACACUCACACCACAAAUCAUCCAUCCAUAAUAAAGGUUAUAUGGGAGAACAAAGGCCUUGAAGAUGAGUUGCCGCAUUUGAUCUACAUAUCCAGAGAGAAGAGGCCAAAACAUUCUCAUCAUUUCAAAGCUGGUGCCAUGAAUGUAUUGACAAGAGUCUCGGGGUUGAUAACCAAUGCUCCCUUUAUGCUGAACGUGGACUGUGACAUGAUUGUAAAUAAUCCAAAGAUUGUUCAUCAUGCACUGUGCAUUUUACUAGAUCCCGAAGGACAAAAAGAAGUUGCAUUUGCUCAAUUUCCCCAACAAUUCCAUGCUACGUUGAAGGACGAUCCUUUUGGAAACCAGAUGGCAAUUUUGAUUAAGUACUUGGCAGCUGGAUUAGCUGGUCUGCAAGGUCCUUUCUACGGGGGAACAAACUGCUUCCAUAGAAGAAAAGUUAUUUAUGGUCUUUCUCCAGAUAACGUCAAAAAGGCAAAAGUUUCAGGAAAGAGCAUAUCAGAGGAGGAAUUAAAACAAAAAUUUGGAGCUUCUAAGGAGAUGAUGAAAUCAGCUGCUUGUGCUUUAGAAGGAAGAACAUAUUCGCCAAAUGAUAUUAAUAUUGCAAAUGCUAUUGAAGUGGCAAACGAUGUUUCUGGUUAUGGAUAUGAAUAUGGCACUGGAUGGGGAAAACAGGUGGGUUGGAUAUAUGGAUCACUAACAGAGGACGUGCUCACUGGGCUGACAAUACAUGGAAAAGGGUGGAGAUCAGAAUUGUGUACACCAGAGCCCUUAGGCUUCACAGGCUUUGCUCCAGGUGGAGGCCCAACAUCAAUGGCCCAACAAAAGAGAUGGGCCACAGGAUUGCUGGACAUCUUUUUAAGCAAGCACUGUCCAAUUAUCGCCACCCUUUUUCACAAGCUUACUUUGAGGCAGUGCAUAGCAUACAUGUGGAUUCUCAAUUGGGGUGUCAGGCCAGUCUUUGAAGUUUCUUAUGCAUGUCUCCUUGCAUACUGCAUCAUCACCAACUCCAAUUUCUUGCCACGGGACCGUGGCAUAUGUAUUCCUGUUGCUUUUCUUGUAAUUUACAAGAUAUACACCGCAUCAGAAUAUUUAGCAGAAGGGUUAUCAAUUCGAGCAUGGUGGAAUAAUCAGAGGAUGUCAAGAAUAACACCAAUGAAUGCUGGGUUUUGUGCUUUUGUUAUUGUCCUACUUAAGAGGCUAAGAAUUUCUGAAACUGUAUUUGACAUAACGAAGAAAGACUUACCCCCAACAAAUGAUGUUGGAGAUGAUGAGGAUGUUGGCAGGUACACCUUCGAUGAAUCCCUGGUUUUCUUGCCAGGCACUACCAUUUUAUUGUUGCAAUUGACAGCAAUAAUCAUCAAGUUAUUAGGGUUGCAACCACUAGUGUCAGUUGAAGGCAAGAAUGGGUGUGGCAUUGGUGAGAUUUUUUGUGCUGUUUAUUUGAUAAUUUGCUAUUGGCCAUUUCUGAGAGGAUUAUUUGAGACAGGAAAGUAUGGGAUUCCUUUCUCUACAAUAUGCAAAUCAGCUAUCUUAAUUUGUCUAUUUCUAAAUCUAUGCAAAAUAAUUAUAUCUUCUUGA